CACCAACUACCUGCCGCUUCAGGUUCAUGCGUACUGUUCUCUUAUACUAAUCCCUACACCGUAGGAUACCAACCAAGAUCUUACAGUGAACACUUGCAUGGUCAGGAGGUUGAUCAAUAGAGUACCUAUUCUACCAUUGCAGCCAUGUGUGGUUCAGAUAUCUUUCUAGCAAUUCUCGCUGUUUUCUUCCCCCCAGUUUCGGUGUGGAUCAAAGUAGGCAUUUGCACGGCCGAUUCCAUCAUCAACCUUGCUCUCUGCUGCCUUGGCUACGUGCCCGGGCUUUUACACGCCUGGUACAUUAUACUCAAGUACCCCGAACCAGAUUAUGAUGAUCCUAGCUAUGAGCCUCUUCCUGGCGAUGCGGAAAACGGUCGCGUAACAUAUUACUAUGUUUCCCACCAACCGAUCCAGCACCCCUCCCGGAGGGGCUAUGGUACAAUGCCGCCACAACAGCCCCAAGCAGCAAACGCCCCGCCACAGAACCGGCAAUCUACCCCGAAUCACCCUCAUGAACAAGCCCAAGCUGGCAGCAGCAGCCAGGACCACCCGGAUAGUCGCCCACCUCCUACCUAUGCUGAGGCCGUGAAGGGAGAUCAUAAAGUGCAGGACUGAAUGCCUUAGAGCAAGGGAAGACCGGCAGCUCCAUUCGCAUUUAGUGCGCUAGGAGUGGUCAGUGCCCGGAGUUAUUGCUUCAUGAGAGUCCACUCGCUAUACACAUCCUACUCAUUUCUUGCUCCGUGGCUUCCAUCGCUGGAGAUUUUUUAUGCAGUUAACUCUGCGAUCACGCAUAAUGACGUUGUUAAUCAUGUAUUGUCUACAUCAUUCUACCACUUUCUUUCGUAUCAGCGGACUAGGACACCAGGCGGUUAAUGUUGUUUCACGUUUGUUUAGCUCACUCUGAUACCAAUAAGAUUACUCUGCGAACAGG